AUUCUAUCCAGGUCCUCCAUUACCCCGAGACGGUCACCGGUGAAUUGACACCGUUGCCGUGGCAACCGAGCCCCCACUUCUCUCUUCCUCCCUCCAUCACCACCCCCCACCCCCCAAUUUCCUAACUGCUUUGCCAGCCAUAUUCGAUAGGAAACGAUUGAAAACGGUGCAGAAGCGGUGUUUUUUUAAAUCGUGCAUAUUCACCGAGCGCGCCAUGAAACUAAAUUCAAAGCGGUGUAUGGAUGUGUGUGAGAGCGGCAGCGCUUCAUUCCGCCACUGUAACACACACUAGAGCCGCGCUGCGUCGAGCGAACGCCACCUGAAGGAGUAUCUCCAGCGUUCAGCCACAACAACACUGUUCAAGCGCGUCAGCAGUUUUAGACCACGACUGACUCCAAACUGCGUUAUUUUUUUCCCUAAUAUUUUUGGACAAUCAACCGAGGGAAGAAACAACGUGGAGCUUUUUUGCACUCGGAAUACCUUCGCGGUGCUAUACCCGACUUCAUAUAAUCAUCAUAAUAAAGAAAAACAGCUGAGGCUAUAAGUUUAAAAUCCGCCUGUCAGGAAUGUGUCCAGGCGUCAUUUCAGCCUCCACCAUUCAGCACGAACAUGGAGGCAGCUAUACUGGCUAGAUAAAAAGGAAACCACGUCGUAAACAGAAGCUCAUCUCCCUGAGAAAACAGCAAGGCUGAUAAGGAUCAUAAGAUUCUGAAGGCAACCAGUGGAAAUUCAAAAGGAUUGAAGAUUGGGAUUUUAGUCUUGUUUUCACUGUUUACAUGCCUCAGACAUUUCUAAACGUUUCUUAUUCCUGCGUGGCUCAACAAAUCUGCCGCUGCACCCAACCGAGUGCUGCUUUCAAACAACGGAGUCAGAGAAUCAGCAUUUGAAAAACAUUUUCUUAGUUUUUUCCAUUUUUCACAUUUACUUCCUUUUUUUACAUUUACAUUUUUGAAUGAUGCUGUACAUAGAUUUACAUUUUAACAACAGAUAUACGUCAACUACUAAGUACGGAAUUAUUAUGUGUAAUUAAGAAGUAGUCGAUCUCUUGGAGAUAAAGCGAUUUAUAUUUUUUGUUUCAUCCACAUAAUUGACAGGCAAAUAGUAGAAGCCCCCCUUUUUUUUUUUGAUUAAGCAGGUAAAAUGUGUGCUGCUCGGCCCUGAGCAGAAAAGCAUCGGUUAGAUGACCAGUGAGGAAAGCCUUUAAAGGGCUGCGAAGUCAAAAUGAUUCCCCAUCACACUGACCUUAACCAUUCCAAAGAUUUUGCCACCAUAAGUAGUCCUCUAAAGACGUAAACCUAUAAUUAGUGCUAGUUUAUUAAUUAUAUUUUAACAGUAUAGUUAGGUCUUAAACUGUUUUAAAUGAUUAAAAAGAAAACUGCAUUCAGGGAGUAUUACGGGUCAGGGAAAUUCCUAAUGACUUAAGUGCCACUGUUGACUAUAAAGAGUGCCCAAUUUGUAUAGAAGUCAUACAGGAGACAAAAAAAGACAGUGCAUUAGUUUACAUUUUACGGUGUUUACAGUUGCCCUUUGCUUUUUAAGCAAAAUCAUCUUAAUAAGUGCCAAAACUAGGAGAGUAUUUUACGUAGUAAGUUGAUGAAUGGCCAUGUAUACAUUUCUAAACUAAAAAAAAAAACGCCUUUUUAAAACAUAACACUAUCUAAGCAGUGUUUGUUUAAUAAGGGAAGCCAUUUUAUUCUUGAGACCUAAACCCCACUUCAGCCUCUUUUCAAGCUAAUUUCUUUUUAAAGGAAGGUGAGAAGUGAGUGUCUCAGUUUACUUUGCCUCAAGGGAAAACUAUUAGGCCAGUUGCUCAAGAUUUCCUGUGUUCUGCUGGAGAAACGAGGAUCUGAGUUUCCCCGGAGUCUAGGACCACAUCAUCAUCGCUGCCCACCCACCCUUCAAAUUGUUCUCCCAGAACAUUACACAGUGCCCUUUUUUUUACAGACAUUAAAACAAAAACUUUGUUUGCCCAUGACUUACAUUUUUACAUGCGUUGUUAAGGGCUGGGGUAUUAAAGGAGAUUUCUGCACUGAACAGUGGGUUGAAUCAGCAAGAGAAAAAAGUUGUGUCAGUCACAGAAAGAUGAUGGCCACCUCAGGAGCCCGAACAUGUGUCAUCCUCCUCUUCCUGUUAAUCGUUGCUCCACAUAGCACGUCCUCAGUCAGUGUGUCAGAUCCCUCUAGAACCAGAAAUUCCCCAAUCCGACCCACUAGCACCCCGACUAUCAGCCCCAGGCCCAGUAGCUGGGGAUUCCUACUAAUGCAGUCCAGAAGUGGAGGAAAUGGAAGAGGGAAUGGGCGAGGGAAAGGAUCGACGGGGCGGCCAGAGACACCACCCAGACCCCAGGCUCAAGUCAUGCUUUCUAAAAAUGCCACAGCCGAUGCCUUGGGACCUCCUCUUGGAGCAGCACAGGUGGCCCCACCUCCACGUAGACUAGUGGAAGUGGAUGUAUGUCGUGGUUACUAUGAUGUCAUGGGCCAGUAUGACCUUACCUUCAACUGUUCUAAGGAUGACUUUAUCUAUUGCUGCGGCACAUGUCACUACCGUUUCUGCUGUCCGGACCGCACACGCCGGCUCGAUCAAAACGUCUGCCAUAACUACCACUCACCGGUAUGGGCCAACACAGCGCCGCCAGGGACUAAACCGCCCCACCACCUUACUGACCCUGACCUCAGUCGCAUUGAACAGAGCAACAAUACCAUAUAUGUCAUUGGUGGAGUAAUCUCGUUCACUGUCGCUGUGGCUGUGGCCAUCAAGUUGGCCUUUAACAAGGCCUCACGGCAGGCACGCAACAGAGAGCUCAAUAUGCCCAGAGCUCUGGUGGACAUGCUGCGCCACCAGUCUAGCCCUGUCCAACAGGGAGAAAGAAACAACAGUGUUGCCCUGGGCAGCGGAGGAGGAGAGGGCACUCUUGGGCGGCCUCCUAAGAACCUGUACCCUACUCUGCAGAGCAAAGACAACCGACGUGAGAAAAUGGGAAAUCUGCAGCAUAACUUCAUCCAUACCUCAGGUUCCAGCCCUAAACACACUGCCACCAUUGAGCGUGCACCACGCAUGAACAACAUGCAGAUGACCGGCGGUGGAACGCUGAAACCAAAUAAGCACACUAAUGCCAUGAAGCCUCAGCCUUCGUUUCACCACUCGCUUCAUAACCUGGCUCAGCUCCCGCCCUCAUAUGAAGCUGCCAUGAAGCCUGAGCUCAACAGAUACUCGUCCCUCAAACGGCUUGAAAAAGGAGGUCUGGAGGAAUAUUCAGGUUACUGCACCACUAAACGAAGACCCAACAAUGCCCCACCGUCCUUUCACUCGUCACAGCACCAUUUGCCUUGGGGUGGUGAUUAUACACUAGGGGGACGAGGCACGCUUCCUACACACGCCACCCGUCCCCGCAUACCUCACCCUCAGUCUGCCCCCAGCCAUACCCCUAACCCUUAUCCCUUGGAACCUAAAGAAACCAAGCCUAACCAGAACUACGACACACUCUCCAAACCACCUCGGCGAGUCAAAUCGACAGAUCAGCUCCUUGCCCUCGCGGAUGGCAACACCUUAUCACGGCUCUCCAAAAAUCAACAGCACCAGUAUUACAAGGCUAUGAAUGCUGCAGCAGCGAAAAACUCGAAUACCCAGAACACCCUGCGCAAGUCUAAGGAGAGGCUGCUGAUGUCACCUGAUCAUCUGGAGGAGGAAGUGGGCAUGAGUGGCGUCGAUUAUGGCAGUGGUGGGGGUGGUAUGGGCAUGGGCGACUACCCAGUGGGAGGGGGCAUGGUUCCCACUCUACCCCGCAACCAUCAGAAGGCUCAAUCACAGCAGAAUGUCUGUGCCACCCCCUCUCUUGAUCGUCAUCACAUGAUCAAGAUGAACUCACACCCGACCUCGGGCCGCGAGCAAGAGCGCAACGCAGUCGCCAUGUCGGGUCACCUGGGAGGAGGUGGAGGUGGAGGGAUGGGAUGGAACGAAAUGCAACAAACCGGGGUUGUCAUGGGUACAGGCACACUAGGAGGGCAUAGCGCCAGGAGGCUAGCUUUUGCUGCAAAAAGGCAAAAUACCAUUGAGCAACUACACUUCAUCCCUGGAGGAGGAGGAAGCAGUGGAAGCGGCGUGGCUGCAAACCAGGGCGUUCGGACGGGGAGCAAAAAUGAAGUGACUGUGUGAAGGGAGGAUAGAGGGAUUGAGAGAGAGAAAGAGAGAGAGAGAGAGAGAGAGAGAGAGAGAGAGUUAUGGAAACUGAAGGAUAUGGAGGGUGAGUUUGAGGGUGCGAUGAGUGGGAUGGUAAUGGAGGGAUUAAGGAAGAAAGAAUAAGUGAGUGGGCAGACAAGGGAGUGAAAAGUGUAAAGGAGAGUGUUAAACGAGUGGGAGGAUGGUAUAGGUAAGAGAAAGAAUGAAAAAGAAAAGAUGCAGAGACCAGGAGCGGAUAGAGGAAAAAAGUACAGAGAGAAUGAGGACAUGAAAGAAGGAUAACAGAUGGAGAAGUAGAGGAAACCAUAAGGGAAAUAGAAGCUGUAAAUACAGAGAGAACACAAUGUCUUGUAGACAAGUUUAAAACUAUAAAGUUGUUGUUUUAUUCUCUUUGUAAAAAAAAAGUUCAGCCAUAAUUACAGUAUAGUAAUUUUCUUAAUAUGUUUGAUGAUAGCCACCUUAGAAAACAUCAGAAAUGAGUAUUGUACAUGAAGAGACUGGGUAACCAGGUGAAGAAAGAUAAAUUUAUGUCACUGUGUCAUGUUUUUCUUUUCUUUUCAUUUUUCUUUACUGGAUAUUAUGCGACAUUUAAAGCUACUAUAGAGCCAUAUGUUCAAGUAAUGUCCAAUGGAACAUUCAUCUAAUCGAAAAAAACAAGAAAAAGGGAAGGAAGAAGGAAAAAACCUGAAGGAAACAUUGCAUGCCAUUUGCUUUCAUCUUCAAAACAGAGUUCUGUUAAUCCAGCUGUUGGAUUGUGCUGCUAAAGAUUGGAAACAGAGUCAGUAUUAAGAAAAACAUUUCAGGAUACUAAUACUCUGUCAAGGAGGAGUUCUACAAAAAUGCGGGAUAUGACGACAUGGUGAUGUCACAAAAACAAAUUGAUCCAAAAAUGAUUGCUACGUUUUAAAAGACUUUUUUUUUUUUUUGCAUAAAGUAAAGGGAAACUAAACUGCAUCAGCUUUAGGAUAGCCCCAUGAUUCUUAUUGCCUUUUUCAUAUACACCAAACUUUGCAUCACAAGUUUUUGGAAACUUGCUUGUGGAUUUACUAGAUGAAGACUGCUAUUUUGGAGCAGGUUCACAGAAAUCAGUAUCUGUGUGGAGCAAGAGAAAUCCAAUAAUCAUCAUUUUGUCCCUUCAACUCAAAAAUCCCAAUGAAGGGGGUUAGUUAACUUAUCUUCAAAAGCCAUUCUGAUUGGGCAACACAGCCUGGGCCAGAGGGGGAAAAAGAGAUCUGACAAUCAUCAAAUCACCAAUUGAAAUGAACUCGUUAAUGAUCAAUGGCACUUUGUUUGGAUUCUAAGCCAACGUCUAUGUUCAUGUCCAAGCGCAGGGACCUGACAAGAACAUUUUUGCCUUGGCCGAAGGACGUUAGCCGUGAAUUCGAAAGAAUAUUAAACCACAGUUCUGUGCGGAUGUGCACAAAUUUGUGCCAUAUUCGCUCUUCACAUGUCUGUAUUGAAACGUUUUUAUUUACAUGGAUGCCUCAAACUGUUAAUUGUGGCUUAGAUGAGGAAAACGGGAGAUGAGUCCAGAUGUUCACAAUUUUUUUAUUAAGAGAGGUUUGUUAAGGGUCAUUUAUGUUCAUUAGACAGUACAGCACAGUGAAGGUUGGCAAGGUUUGGCCAACAUCAGACUCAGAAUUUAGCUCAGGUGUGCACAGACACUUAGAUGAGCUUACUAACAAACUUGCUGGGUUGCUGCUGAAAUCUCCCUAAAGCCAUGUGUCUGCGCUGUUAAGAUGAUGACUGAACACGGGGAGAGAGACUACAAGUCAUCUCGCACGGUGGAUCUGCUUUCGUCAAGAAACGGACAGAGCGUCACACCCAAUAUCAUAAUCAAUAAUGUUUAUCAAUAUUAAGGGCUAUACUACAUGUGUGUCAGUGGUAGGCUGCCUAGGCACAGUUUAUUAAUUGUUCUUUAAAAAAGAUGAUGAGAACAGUGAUGAGAGUUAAAUGUUAAUGUACAUAGACAGAAAUAUUAAUCCUGUGAAGUAAAAGAAAGCAGUGAGGUACAGAUGACCUCAGUCCAGCCUACAGGACAGGCUAUGGUGUUAAAUCAUUUUGGUUUCUCAUUCAUUUCUAAAAGUUCACAGCAAGUAACGGUAAACAUUUUAGUAUUAGAUAGUUAGUUAUUUGCAAAAUGUAUUUCUCCCAGUAAAAGUAGUUUGGAGUAAAAAAAAAUUGCCUAGUCAUUAUUUUUUGAGGCACAGAAGUGAAAGACGUUCUUCAUGUGGUGGCGGUAGACUACAUUCUCUUAUUUCUGACAGGAAAUUCAAACAGAUCUUGAUUGCGUUACAAAAUUUAGAGACAAUCUUCCUACAGACUCUCUUAUACAUACGUGUUUGUUAUUGUCAUUAAUAUGACAGUUAAUAUUAUGGUUAUUGGUGAUAUUUAUUCUUGCUGUUUAUUCUUCUAUUAUCUUAACAUUAUGAUGGUGAUACUUUCUUCUGUGGUUUUAGUGUUAACUUGUUUUUAGGUAUCUAUCUUUCUCAUUGAAUUAUUUUGCAUUCAAAGUACAAAACACAAGCACAAAUACAGGCACUCGUUCUUUUACUAAUUCUCAGUGCAUUCUGAUGAGUGCACUGAAACAUUCCUUAGCGUGAUGUCAUAGUGUGACCAUCAUAACAAAGCUUGCCAGUGUCAUUGUGGCAAUGACAUCCCACUGGGUUGAUACGAUGUCAUAGUGUGUAUGUAAAUGAAUUCUAGGUUGAUUUGAAUUAAAAAAUUUCAGCUGUUUGAAUGUUUAUUUCAGGGAAUAUUAGAAUAGCUAAAUUGAUUUAGCAUUUUCUGUCUUGGAGAAAAAACAACAAAAAAAACACAAAAAAGCCUGUAGCAAUGUCUGUUCCAGUUUUGUACCCACAAGCCAUAACUGUAAGUUUUUAUGAGAUGUUUAAUCUUAAAAACUGCAAAGAAUAAGAUAACCAUCAGUUGUGCUGACACAGGCCUUUGACCUUUUUAUGCCAAUUGUAAUCAAAAGAAUAUAAAAAAUUUGCCAACACAUUUAGAAGAAGAAAAAGAAGAAGCACCAGGUCGAAUUUUUGUCUUCAGUUCAUGUCUGAAUGAGAUGUGGUACAUAAGGAACAAAAUCCCACAGUUGUGAACAUGGCACGAGAGCACAUGCGCUCAUCAGAUGUGAGAAAACAUUCACAUUAGAUCAUGAACCUGAAAAAGAUCCCAAUUUAAUCGCUUCGAUAGGGGGGGGAAAGAAAACAUUGAAAAGCUUUAAAUGUACCUUUGUAAAAAAAAAAAGUGUAAUUUAAAUACAAAAGCAACAGAAUAGAGGUUUGGACAAAAAUGUUAUUUUUAUUUUUUUUUACUCACUGAAAUGCCCAGAUCACACUAUUGUUUUAUUCAGCACUUUGUUUUAUAUAGCCCUCGAUAACACAUAAGGCAAAUAUGAUUGUUUACCUUUGUAAAAUAAAGUCAACUGAUGAAAA